AUGGACAUCAACUACAAGUUUCUCAUCACAAACUGUGUGACAAUGAGCAGCCUUAAACUCUUUAGACCACGUCGGGUCUUGUUCAGAGCCCUGGCAAGUUCCGUUGCCCCAAAAAAAACCGAUAUUUUUAUAGUAGGGGGAGGUCCUGCUGGCCUGACAUUGGCUGCUGCAAUAAGAACAUCGCCUCACUUGUCUGACCUGAACACUACCUUAGUGGAUGCUGGCGACUUAAAGAAAAUAACUCAGUUUCAUAGCAAGCCUCCAGAAAGCUUUUCUAAUAGGGUGAUCAGUCUGACUACUCAAUCAAAAAAGUUUCUCGAACAAAGGGUUGGCGUGCAACUUUUACAGGAUCGAUUGCAAGCGUUUGACGGAUUGUAUGUAUCCGAUGGGUGUACUGACGCUCAAUUGGAGCUUGAAAAAGACUCUAUGGGGUUCAUGAUCGAAAUAUUGAACAUUCAAAGCUCGCUGUUGGACCGGCUCUCUGGGUUGAAAGCCCCAACUCUGAAUAUAAUAGACCAGACCAAGGUAUUAGGAAUCGAAUAUAAAGACCCCACAGACCCACAAUCGUGGCUCAAGGUGUCACUGAGUAAUGGCGAUGUUUUCGAGACACGCCUGUUAGUCGGUUGCGACGGCUUUAAUUCGCCAGUCAGAAAGUUCUCGAAAAUUGAGUCUCGCGGAUGGUUCUACAACAGGUUUGGCGUUGUUGCGAAUUUGAAGCUCGAUUAUCCGCCUUUCAAAGUCAGGGGAUGGCAGAGAUUUUUGCCCACAGGGCCCAUCGCCCAUCUUCCCAUGCCAGGUGAUCAUGCAACGAUGGUGUGGAGCACCACAGAACCUCUCUCGAGGCUGCUACUUUCGAUCGAGCCACAACAAUUAACUCUACUUAUAAACGCUGCGUUUGUUCUCGAUGACGUUGACAUGCAAUAUUACUACAAGCAGCUUGAACAGGGUACCAUUACAACCCAUGAGCUUCAACAAGAUAUUGCCCAUCGCACGGAAUUGAAAUAUGCGAAGCUGGAAGACGAGUCACUAAUUGACGAAAUUUACCCUCCGAUUGUAAGUGAAGUCGAUGGUUCUUCCAGAGCUAGGUUCCCACUCAAGCUUUCACAUGCAGACUCCUACAUCACAGACAGAAUUGCACUAGUCGGUGAUGCUGCUCAUACUACACACCCACUGGCUGGACAAGGUCUCAACAUGGGCCAAGGAGAUGUCGAAUCUCUUGUCAAGGCUCUUGAAACUGCCUCUAAAAGGGGACUCGACCUCGGGUCUUUAUUGGCCUUGGAACCUUAUUGGGCAGAGCGUUACCCAUACAACAAUAUGCUACUUGGCGUGGUUGACAAACUUCACAAGCUUUACUCGACAGAUUUUGGACCCAUUGUCGCCGCAAGAAGUGUUGGCCUGAAAGUUCUACAGAAGCUACAACCAAUAAAGGACUUCAUGAUUCAAAGCGUCAGCGGCAAAGUGAAGUAA